AGCUCACCGAGAGAGAAACUAGCAGAAAGGAGAGGCUCUGAGUCAGACAUGGAGAGGACACGAGCUGUUCACCUCAUAGACAUCAAACCAAGAACCAUGAAGAGACCGCGCGCGCUCUGCUGCAGCAUUAAGCUGUUCGUCCUGUGCCACGGCCUCCUGCAGUUCUCUCAGCUGCUGUACAGCGCGUACUUCAAGAGCACCAUCACCACCAUCGAGAGACGCUAUGGCCUCAGCAGCUACUCCUCAGGAACUAUUUCCUCACUGAACGAGGUCAGUAACAGCGUGCUGAUAGUGUUUGUGAGCUACUUUGGGAAUCGUGUUCACCGUCCUCGAGUGAUUGGAAUCGGAGGACUUCUGAUGGCUGUCAGCGCCAUGAUCCUCACCUUACCUCACUUCCUGUCACAGCCUUACGAAUACGACUCAGUUUUACACAAUCGUCAUGACAUCUGUAACCUGCAGGGGAACUCGAGCGCCCCGGAGUCCUGUGGCCAGGAUGAAACACGUCGUCUGAAGGACACGAAUAAGCUGUGGUUUCUCAUGGCUAGCGCUCAGCUGCUCUUUGGUGUCGGCUCGGUGCCCAUCCAGCCGUUUGGGAUAUCCUACAUCGAUGAUUAUGCAAGGCCUGGAAACUCGCCUCUUUACAUAGCCAUCCUGUUCGCAGUUUCUGUAUUCGGGCCAGCUAUCGGCUACCUGCUGGGCUCAGUGAUGCUGCGGAUCUAUGUGGAUGUGAACAGAACUGGUUUAGGAGCUGAACUGGAGCUGAGACAUGGAGACCCCCGCUGGGUCGGGGCCUGGUGGAUGGGUCUGCUCAUUGCCACCGGAUGCCUCGUUCUCACCUCCAUCCCUUACUUCUUCUUCCCUAAGAGGAUGCUGACAGAAGAUAAUAUGAUUGACAGUGACAGUGACAGUGACACAAAAGAUGACUUCAAGAGGCCAGAUAUCUCUUUGCUAGAUUUUCUAAAAAUGUUUCCCAGGAUGUUUGUCCAUCUCCUGCUGAGCCCCCUCUUCCUGAUGCUGGUCCUCGCCCAGUGCUGCUUCUCCUCAGUGAUCGCAGGCCUCUCUACAUUCCUCAACAAGUUUCUGGAGCGACAGUACAGCACGUCAGCCGCCUAUGGGAGCCUGCUAGUUGGUGCGAUCAAUUUACCAGCGGUAGCAGUGGGAAUGCUUGUAGGUGGAGUCAUCAUGAAGAAGGCAGGCCUUUCUUUGAAAAUGAUCCCACGUUUCUCUGUGGUGAUGUUGACCAUCUCCACCCUCCUCUGCAUCCCUCUCUUCUUCAUGGGCUGCUCCACGCAGAAAGUCUCUGAGGUCAAUCAUUUCCAGAUCGGACAGUACGGGUCUUUGUCUCUGUGCUACUCCAACUGCUCCUGUCCUGCCAGUGCCUUCAACCCAGUGUGUGGCUCUGAUGGUGUCGAGUAUAUUUCACCUUGUCAUGCAGGCUGCACAAACUUCACCAAAGAUCCCAACAACACACACAGAGUCCAGCUGUAUACCAACUGCAGGUGUAUAUCUGGGAGUCAGAGUUACGCCCGCCCAGCUGCCUGUCCGAACAGCUGUACACAUUUACUCCUCCCAGCGAUCCUCGUCAUCUCUCUGGCAUCACUGAUAGCCUGCUUCACUCACAACCCCAUGUACAUGAUGGUGCUCAGAUCUGUUUCCUCUGAAGAAAAGUCCUUUGCCAUAGGAAUUCAGUUUUUACUCAUGAGAGUGUUAGCCUGGCUUCCUGCUCCUGCUCUCUUCGGGAUGGCCAUCGACACGUCGUGCAAGUCGUGGAGGCGUGUGUGCGGCAAGAAGUACAGCUGUGGCUACUAUGACAACAACAUCCUGAGGAACAGGUACCUGGGCUUACAGGUGGGUUAUAAGGUCAUGGGCAUCUUUCUGCUCAUGAUGCUGGGCUGGAAGGUGCAGCGGACUCAGGAGUACAGUCUGGAGAAGAGGCCUGAAGGUUUACUGUGACCACACUGAGUUUCCAUGUUGGUCCAAGUUUCUUAAAGCUUUGCAGCCAUAUAAGACAUUUUGCAGAUCAAUGUGAAGGGCAAAGCUGUAGCAUUAGGGGAAAGCUGCAGAGAGGACGGUUCAACAUCGAUGUCUACUUCUGAAGGUGAACUUCCCUACCUGGUGCUUCACUGGUUGGAGUUAAGAUAUGAUUCUUCCUACGGCAUUAAUGUCUGCAUCUUUAUGUGAUCAAAGCUUGUAAUAUACUCUUUAAAUCAGCUUCACCCAUCACAAGUGAAGAGAGGACUGCAAAAACUUCUCUUUUAUGUGGUGCCUCAGAUUUCUUAUAUGUAUCUGAGACAGUGAAGAGUCAAAAAAUGAGAUAUUAAAUCUGUUUUUAUUAAUUCUUCCUCUAAUCUAGGAAUCUAUUCAGGUUUCCAUUUCCAUUGGAAACAGAUUUUGUAACUAGUAAAAUGUAUAGCUUAAUAUUUAAGUUCAUUUUUUAUUUUAUUUUUUGUCUCGUGCACAGAGACAUCUCUGAUCAAUGUAGUACUCUUUUUUUUUACCAUCACUUGUAACACUUGAUUUAACUGCAUAGCUGAUUAGUUUUUAUAUAUACUGCAAACAAAACCACACACAAUGUUAUCAUGUAGUGUGGUUAUAUUGUAAAUGUGCAUCAUUUUAAAGCAUUACUUGCUAAUAAAAAAUG